AUGAAGUACGGUCUCGAAUUGCAGCAAAGCAUUUUUCCUCCUUGGCGGUUGUCAUACAUUGCAUAUGAUGUGUUAAAACAGGAGCUAAAGACUCGGCAAUUGGAGCAUGGUUGGACUGGUCAAGAUGAAGCCGAAUUUGUACAACUUUUGGAUAAUGAGCUAGCUAAGGUGUAUGACUUUGUGAAUGCCAAGUUAUCCGAGAUUGAUGCACGCAUCAUGUAUUGUGAGCGCACGAUACAAUCAUUGCAACGUAAUCAAAGCACCACAGCUGAAAUGUCGAAUAGCAGUUAUAGUAUGAUGGAUGAAGCUCUCACUGAAAUUCUGUUUGAUGUGAAUGACUUGUCUCGGUUCACACGUGUUAAUUACACCGCUAUCCAAAAGAUCCUCAAGAAGCAUGACAAAUGGACCCAUAUCAAUCUAAAGCAGGCGUAUGUAGCCAAGCUGCGGGAUAAGCCAUUGGAUAAACAACGUUUCGAUGUGGCUAUCAUCUACAUCUCAGCCCUGCAUGAUAUCUGUCGUCAUCGAGGACGUCCUCCCACUGGCAAUUCAGCUGCUGGUGCCGACCAAAAUGCUUUUGAACGUGCAACAGCAAAGUAUUGGAUCCAUCCUGAUAACAUUACCGAAGUCAAAGCGAUCAUCAUGUUGCAUUUGCCGGUUCUCAUCUUCAACAAAAACAAGAAAUACGAGUCCUCUGAUUCAGCCAUUUCGAGUGUAUACUUUGAUAAUCGCAAUUACGACUUGUACACAGGUCGCCUUCAACGUGAUGAGGGAUCCGAAGCUAUUCGAUUUCGAUGGUAUGGGCCAACGGAUUCUAAAAAUAUCUUUAUUGAACGCAAAACACAUCACGCAGCGUGGCUAGAUGGCGCAUCGGUGAAGGAUCGUUUUCGAUUGGAUGAAGCACACGUCAACAGCUUUGUUGAUGGUAGAUUGACGGCCGAUGGCAUUGCAAAUGAUUUACGGCAAAAGGGUGCUGAUCCAGCAACGAUUGAUGAUGUGCAUUUUAUUGCUAGUGGUGUCCAAGAAUCGUUUCGUGAAAAGCAAUUAGAGCCCAUGCUUCGUGUGUUUUACAACCGUACAGCAUUCCAAUUACCAGGUGAUCAGCGAUUGAGAAUUUCCCUUGAUACCGAUAUGACAUUUAUUCGUGAAGACCAUAUUGAUGGUCGUUCAAGACGACAUCCACCAACCAAUUGGCGACGCAAUGAUCUUGGUGUUGAUCCACCUUUUGAUUAUGUAUCUGAAAGCGACAUUCUACGAUUCCCAUAUGCAGUAUUGGAGACUAAGCUGCAGACGCAUUUGGGUCAAGAACCUCCAGAAUGGCUUACAAAGCUAAUUGAGAGCCACCUUGUACAUGAAGUGCCUCGCUUCUCAAAAUACCUGCAUGGCGCUUCCCAUUUUUAUCGUGAACGCCUACCGCUGUUGCCAUGGUGGCUCGCCGAACUCAACGUUGAUAUCCGCAAACCACGUUCUGAGCAUAUUGGUCUUACACGUUCUCGCAGCUUUAAACCUUUAAUCGAUGGCCGUUAUCGCCGUGCUAUGAUUGAAGAAACUGAACGUGCCAAUCAGCAAGCAAUUAUGGAUCGACAUGGUAGCCCAGCAACGCUUGUUGGCAAAUCAUCACCAUCUUCUCCACCAUCAACCCCGAAAAGGCAGGGAUCAUUCCAAAGUGCCAAGAAAGGCGGUUUCAAUUUACCAUGGAGUCGUCCAAGUACGCCUGAUUAUGCAUCAGUGCCUAUGAAGACGGGUGCUGGAUAUCAAUCCUCAAGCUCAUUACCACCACCACUUCCUGAAAAGGGUGAUUGGAGAAGUAGUAGAACCCUUCAAGAUCAAGCACCUCCUCCUUCUACAAAAGGCACCACGCAUCGAUGGAUAGAAAAAAUGUGGGGUGAUGGUAGACGAUCCACUGAUGAUGGAAGCACCUAUAAACGCCAAAGGGUCAAGGUGCGAGUCGAGCCCAAGGUCUUUUUUGCCAAUGAGCGUACUUUUAUCUCCUGGUUGCAGUUUUGUGCUUUGCUACUCACAGUGGCUCUCUCCUUGCUCAAUUUCGGUGACAGCACUGCACGUAUCGUUGGUGGAUUGUUUAUCUGCAUUUCAGCUCUUGUUUCCAUAUACGCUCUCUAUCGCUUUGAAAAGCGUGCCUGGAUGAUCAAUCGGCGAAUCGAUGGUCGAUACGAUGAUCUUUGGGGACCUGCAGUUCUCUGUACCCUUUUAGUUGUGGCUCUUGCUGUUAAUUUCUACUUGCGGUUCAAAUAA